AGCAGCAGCAGCGGCAGCAGGAGGGGCAGCGAUGGUGCCGGCCCAGCGCCCCCCCCGCAGCCGCCGCCGCCCCGCGAGGGUAGCCCUAGUUCCUGAGAGCGCACCAAAUAUUGGAUGCUUGUGGUAAGCCAUGGCAGCUGAUGAUAAGGUUGCCAUUUUAACUGACGAUGAAGAAGAACAGAAAAGAAAGUAUGUGCUUGCUGAUCCUUUCAACGGCAUUUCCAAGGAUCAAGACUUGCAGCCCCAGAAUGAAUCCCCUUCGACAGAGACAACCACUGUCCCAGACGAAGAGCUGGACUGGUUAGAAAAGCACUGCGUCAAAAUAAACAAUGAUCUUCUGAUCUCGAAGGUCUUUUAUUUUUUCUUCUAUUCUGCAUAUGGCUCUCUCUACCCCUUGCUGCCUGUGUAUUACAAGCAGCUGGGUAUGUCACCCAGUCAGAGUGGACUUCUGGUGGGCAUCAGGUACUUUAUUGAGUUUUGCAGCGCUCCCUUCUGGGGAGUGGUAGCAGAUCGCUUCAAGAAAGGGAAGAUCGUCCUUCUCUUCUCGCUUUUAUGCUGGGUUUUAUUUAACCUGGGGAUUGGAUUUGUUAGACCAGCCACCUUAAGAUGUGUACCAAAGGGCCUUUCCCCAGCACAUCCCACCAAUGCAAGCAGCCUUGUAACAACCAUUUCGCAGAACACCUCAAUGCCAUCUCUGCUAACAAGCAUGAGCACUGCAUCCCCCAAAGUUCGUGGGAAGAGAGACCUGCUGACUUCCAGUCCGGUCACUCUGGGAGCAACAGGGACUGCUACUCCUGAAAUAACAUUCCUGUUACCUACGCAGAGCAAUGACGUGGAGUUUGCCUUGGAAAACAGUACCCAUCCUAUUUUGAAAAACGCCACUGCUAGCCCAGUCUCACCAGGGAACACGACUCCAAGUACCACCCCAGCUGCCAUCACCGCGAAGCCGAUGCCUUCUGACCAAGCCAUGCUCGUUUAUGAUCAACAAGAAGUAGAAGCCAUCUUCCUACUCAUUCUGCUGGUUGUCAUAAUAGGAGAAUUUUUCAGUGCUUCCUCUGUUACCAUUGUGGACACCGUAACACUGCAGUACCUCGGCAAGCACAGGGACCGGUACGGACUGCAGCGUAUGUGGGGGUCUCUGGGCUGGGGGCUGGCCAUGCUCUCCGUGGGAAUCGGCAUCGACUAUACCCAUACAGAAGUUGUCAUUGAAGGUCAAGGAUGUAAAGCUCCUGAAUACAAGAACUACAGGAUAGUUUUCAUCGUUUUUGGUGUUCUGAUGACAAUGGCGUUAAUUGUGGCCACCCAGUUUCGAUUCCAUUAUUCGCACUUCAAGCAAGAUGAAAACAAGAGGAAGGAGGUAGAAAUAUCACAGGUGGACAGGAGCACCUCCAAUGAAUCCUCCGACAACACUCCUACAACCAGUACGAGCCAGUCGCAGUCUUUCAGUUUUUGGGACCUCAUAAAACUGCUUUGUAGUAUUCAGUAUGGCUCAGUGCUCUUCGUGGCAUGGUUCAUGGGCUUUGGAUAUGGCUUUGUGUUCACCUUCCUCUACUGGCACUUGGAAGACCUGAAUGGCACCACCACUCUCUUUGGAGUUUGCUCUGUGCUCAGUCAUGUGUCUGAGCUGACUGCCUACUUCUUCAGCCACAAGCUGAUUGAAUUGGUUGGUCAUAUCAGAGUGCUGUAUAUUGGUCUUGCCUGCAAUACAGCUCGCUACAUUUACAUCUCAUAUCUGGAAAACGCCUGGACCGUUCUCCCGAUGGAAGUACUUCAAGGUGUCACGCACGCGGCCAUCUGGGCAGCCUGUAUUUCCUACCUGAGCGCGGCAGUGCCCCCGGAGCUGCGGACCUCGGCCCAGGGAAUCCUGCAAGGCCUCCAUCUGGGCCUGGGCAGAGGAUGCGGGGCUAUGGUCGGAGGGGUUUUGGUCAAUUAUUUCGGUCCUGCUGCCACAUUCAGAGGGAUAGGAAUGGCUUGUUUAGUGAUUCUUCUUCUCUUUGCACUGAUCCAGUGGCUGCUAGUUCCUGAUGAAGAAGAAGAAAAGACGAUGCUGGCGGAAAGGAUCCCAGUGCCUUCCAGUCCUGUUCCCAUAGCGACCAUUGACCUUGUUCAACAGCAGUCGGAAGAUGUCAUGCCUCGGACUGAGCCCAGGCUGCCUCUAAAGAAAACUAAACACCAAGAAGAACAAGAGGAUGUGAACAAGCCUGCCUGGGGCAUCAGCUCUUCUCCUUGGGUCACCUUAGCCUAUGCUGUCUACCAGAUAAAAGAGAUGGUUAAGCUCUCCAAAACCCACCCAAUACCUGAGAAUCAGCCUUUGCAGAAAAUCAAUGAGAAUUGCAGUACUUCAUCAGCCAGCUCAGCAAGACAACCCCAAAACGUGCCAGAUUCUGGGCAGCCCAGAAGUUGUUCGACACCGACCGCAACACCCGAUUCCCAGGCAGACGGCGGCCGUGCUGCGUUGGACCACGACACUCAGCCUGCUGCCGCAGGGCCCUGAGAUGCGCUCAUCUUAUCAACACCAGUGCAUGGAAUUCUGCUUCUCACCUGGGGAACGCUGGAGUAGGAGCUCAAAAGUAGGACUUCCUUCAUCUUAAUGAUCAUAACGUGGUGCAGUGCAAGCUUUUAACUGUAGAAACAAUAUCUGUAGGACCACACAGAGCAACACAAGCAGGGAAGCCAGAAGUUUGGAAUGCUUGAGGGAAGUGAUGUGGCCGGAUCUAACUGUAGGAAGAACUCCUGGCUGCUUUGCUGAAGCUUAGUCAAGCGCUACGAGAUUUCUUUGCAAUCUGUAGAAAAAAGGGAGUUCGCGCUUCACUUGCCGAGGCCAGAGUGUCUGACUCGGUCAGCUUUUUUUUUUUUUCCUUUGAAUUUGUUCCUGAGACAAAAUGAAAAGACUUUUCAGGAGAGAAACUGAGUUUCCCUGCAUAGUCUAUUAAAAAUAUUGGAUCCAAUAAAUAUAGGAACAGCAUGAACCUGUCUCUCUAAAGAUUUCUCAGAUACAGAGUAGCUUUAGCAAGCAUAUCUUCAUAUGACGGUGAUGGAAUAAGUAAAACAUAUUCCAAGAAUAUGUUUUUUGAAGCUAUGUUAUCUUGUUUGAGAUAAAGGUUUAGUUCCGCAAAGCAAAGAUUUUUGAAAUGACAUUUUAGUGAAA